UCAGUGGACCUUCGCAAAUCUCUCUUCCCUAUCGUCAUGGCGUCCCAAGCCCGAAGAGGCGGAGUUUCCCUCCCCGACCGACGAAACUCCAAGAAAGAGGAGAGCGGCGUAAUUGCCAGAAUCUCGCACUCGGAAAUCGUCUCUCGCGGGAAGCAAGCGGCAUCGGACGCGGCGAUCGUGACGAAGAAGCUCCUGAAAAGCACCGGCAAGGCGGCGUGGAUCGCCGGCACCACCUUUCUCGUCCUCGUCGUCCCUCUGAUCAUCGAGAUGGACCGCGAGCAGCAAAUGAACGACCUCGAUCUCCAGCAGGCCAGCCUCCUCGGGACGGCGGCGCAGAAGUGAGCGAACUCCGAUUCGCGCCGGAGAAAAAUCGGUAUCGGAUUUCCCCAAUCCAUGUUGUUUACUGUUCUGUACUGCUAGGCUUUUUGAUUUUGACUAUGAGAUUAUGAGCUUGAACAUUUCCUGUGAGGUUUCGAUCCUGCUUAGCUCGUGAGAUUCCAAGUACAUUGGAUUUGAGAUUAGAAUAAUUAUCAUUCUGUAGAAUUAGGGCCUUUUUCGGCUGUUAAGAUCCACUUAAAUACCGAUUUCUAUGUCUUUUUGAGCUGUACCUUGUUUGUUAUCCAGAUAUUUAUAUCAAUGGAGUAUGCAAAAUGCGAAAUUUUCUAAGCGCUAGACGCUAGCUGA